AUGGCAAUCGCACCACCAACUCUGCUUGAGAUCAGGAUCAUCCUAACGGUGCUUCAUUCUAGCGCUAUCUCUUCCGCCAUUUUUCGUCUUGGGCAUCGCUUUCACAUUCGCCGACUUUGGUGGGACGAUUUCUGGGCUGCUAUCGGAGUUUCCGCCGAAGUCAUUUGUUUUGUUGUCUUUAUGGCCGUGGUCUCACCGACCAACAAGACGCCGACUGUCGCGGGCCCAGGUUUGGGCUCUGUGGGGAGGUUAGCUGUGUUACUGAGCUACACCACAGGCCUUUGGGCGUCGAGAUUGACUGUCUCCGUCACCAUCGUCCGCCUCCUUGCAAGAGGACGCCUCCGCCAAUAUUCCAUCGUAGCCUCCGUUAUAUUUACCAUCUUUUGGAGCGUCUUGAUACUCCAAAAGAUUUUCUUUUGCGGCAAGGACCUUGGCAAAUAUACCCAGUGUAGAAUUCCGCGUUACACGGGAAUCAUGGAACUCACAAUGGACAUUCUUGCUGAUAUGUGGAUUAUUUGUGCUCCGGUGUAUAUCCUAUGGCAGAUGAAGCUGCGCCGGAGUCACCAUCGCAUGAUCCUUUCAAUUUUCAUGUGUGGUAUCCUCACGACGCUAGCGAGCAUUGUCCACAGUGUCUUCAUCCUUUUGUCGUCGUCGAUAUGGAUUGGGCUAUCUGCACAUAUCCAGCUGGCUAUCUCGGUGUUCGUCUCGAACCUACUUGUCCUAGGCACCUACGUCUACCGUGUCUUCCAUGCGAUAUCAGAUGUGGGCGACUCGACGACGAGCAAUAACGAUAAGACAACGCAUGCGUGGAGUGGGAGGCUGACAUUUCCUACUAAUCCUGGGACUUUAAGAUCGCAAGAACCCACUUCGAUUCUCGAACUCACACAAUUCUCCCACCUUGGUAGUACCUUUGAUCUGCCGACACGCUCAGACAAAACUGGGAUUGCGAUUGGAAGUUUCUCCUUCCCCACGCAGAUUAACUCUUUUUCAACCUGGGUUGAGCUAGACUUCAACCCUCUGCAGUUGUCAUCCAGUAGUCCGAAACUUUCGGAACCACCGAACUGGGCAUUCAAACGACAACAAGCAGCGUCGUCGACGCCGUCCAGUAGCAUUCCGUCUCCUCUACAAAGCAAAAAUAUGGAGGAGGCAGCGGGAGAACCUUUCGAGAUGCUGGCUACGCGCCGGUCGAAGAGGAGCACUGCUGGCAAUCGGAUGGCGGCGGCAUUGGCUGAGAUUGGUCUGGAGGAAGCUAUGAAAGACCUGGAAGAGGAUAGGGAGUUCGUGAACGACAAAGAUGAACAAGACCUUUUCGGGUCUGAUUUUGAAAGUACGGACGAAGAGGCAGACCAACAGGCAGAAGAAAUUGCCGAAGCGCAGGUUGUUCAAGAAGAUCGAAACGUGAAGAAGGCCGCACGAAGUCGACUAGAGAAGAUUACUGCCGCUGCUCAUGCAAAGCACAGAGCCACCUUCAAUCUUGAACUGCAGUUUUCGACUGAUGAACCGAAGCCCAAACCCAAAGCACGGCCCAAUCGACGGGUGUCUCUCGGUGUCAUCAUGGAUGCAGAGACGGGAGAGGUAGUAGAAUCGAUAACCCAAGGAGGUGAUGCAAGGAAAAGGAAGAGUAAAAGACGACAUACCAUUCUGAAUACUUCUGCAACGGUGACGCGGUUAAAGGAAUCCCAAGUGAAGAAGGCAGCACAGCCGAAGAAAGCAAAGAUCGAAUACAAGAAGUACACCCAAGCUGAGCUCAUUGCGCUCGCUUUGGAUACCGAAGAGGGGAACAUCGUCGAACACAGGGAUUAUCUUAAAAACGAAGAGGAAAAACGGAAGCGGGCUCGCGUUGUUCGACCCACUGUUGAUGGCCCAAAGCUACGUUGGGUCAGCAAGUUAGAGGAAGAGAAAGUUCUUGUUCCACCUCCGCCCACUCCACCUCCUCCAGCAGUUGCUGCGCCUUCUGGCCCUCUUGCACAUCGAAGUGUCUACGGUCCUCCAGGAACCUUGUUUACUCCGACCACGUAUACUUAUGCUUCAGGUUCGGCAGUUGCGACCACUUUUCCGUCCAGCUUGUCCCUUUUCUCUCAAGCUCAAACAAACGAUGCUUCAGCCGGGCCAAGGAUUCAAUAUUCACAUUACCAGCGCUACGUCAACCCUUCUGUGUCGGUGUUCCCGGUAUGGCCUUCAGGAACUCAACAACAGUCGUACUAUCAGGCGUCGAUGCCAACAGUACCUACGCCUACGUCGCAAGCACCAUUGGCCCCCAUUACAUCUGCCAAUCCAGCCCCGGUAUCUGCCAUUGCCUCUAUAGCUACGUCUACCCCAGCAACAUCGCAACCGGCGGCAAAUUCACCCACACUGCCUCCGGAGCCAAAAUACAAGGUAGAGACUGUCACCAAAAACUACCUCGUGCAUGAACUCGCCCAACAAAGAGUAGCACCAAAGCCAACUUGGACGGAAAGUAUGCAAGCCAUGUUUGGCAAUCAUGUCAAAUGGGAUGAGGUGAAAGUGUUUACUGGGAAAAAUCGGCCGCUGUCGCGCCCAAGACAGACGUGUCCCAUUACAGGACGACAAGCUCAUUAUCUCGACCCACGUACGGGUGUGCCUUAUACCGAUAGUCACGCAUACAAGGUACUUACGCAGCUUCUGCGGCAUGAAUACGUGUGGAACGCUGCUACCGGCUCAUAUUUCGACCAUGGAGAUCCACCUCGGAAUACUGAUUAA